GCGGCUCAAAGUGUUGCGAGUCGUGAAACGAAACGGAUAUCGAGGCGGACAGUCUGUAGCAGUUGAAAAUUGCAAUUGCAUGGGAUUUCAAUUCAAUGCUAUUUUAUUUUUUUUUUGAGUGCCUCCUCUCAAUUGUGUAUUUGUGUGAGUGUCCCUGUGUAUGUGUGACUGUCUGUGGGAAGUGUAAAGGCGACGUAAAUUAAACUCACAGCGCAGGCAAAAGAAACGAAACAACAACAACAACAACAGCAACAUCGGCAGCAACACCAACAACAACAACGGAGAGGCAACAACAAUAUGGCGUUUAAUGCCGCCGCAUGCAAAAAUUGCAGCAUGCGAUUGCGGCGCAUAAGAUAAAUAUCGCUAUCGGGAUCGGUAUCGGUGUCGGUUAUCGUUAUCGCUAUCGCUGUCAAAAUAUAUAUUAUUCUUCGUUUUUUUUUUUUGUUGUUUUUGCCCCAGUGUUCGUGUGAGUGCAAACAAAUAAAUCAAGCAAAAGGAAAAUAAGCACAAAAAAGCACAGAAACCACAACGCGACUCCCUACGUCUCUUUGUGUGUGUGUGUGUGUUCGUGUCUGUAUGUGAGUGUGUGCGAGAAAGGAAGCAAAGCGUUUUGCCUUCUCCGUCUCCGAAUUCUUCUUCUUUGUCUUCGUCUACGUCUGUUUGAAUAUAUCGCCGUCGCUUCCAGUUGAAUUCAAAGUUUGUUGCGGUUGCGCGUGGAAAUGUCGCCGCUGCAAGCGUCGACGUCGGCGUCGCUACAUACAAUAAACGGCAACGCGCGGCACUCAAUUGUUCUACUGCAAAAUACAUAACAUAAAAGAGUAAAACAAGAAUCAGCACAGAAAAACAACAAGCAGCAGAAACAACAACAAAUUGAGCAAAAAAUAAAAAGCAAAAGAAAACCAAAAGUCAAAGUGAGACAAGAAACUGCACACUAAAUAAAAUACAACAAGCAAGCAAACAUAAAAAGAAAAAGGAACAACAACAACAACUAAAAACUGAAAAGCAUAAAACGCAAAUCUUAAACUGGAUUACAAUGCAGUUGCAGCGCAGCAGACGUCGCUGUCGCGCACACAGAAUUUGGAUUAACGAAAUGCUAGCGGGCGUCGCGCUGCUGCUGCCGCUGCUGGCGCUAGCUAAUUUCAGCAGUGCCCAAGCGACGGAAACCGGCUUGUCUUUGGCCGUUUCCUGCAGCACAUUGGGCUGCAAGAAUGGCGGCACAUGCAUCACACAGACGAAUGGCAAAUCCUACUGCUCUUGCGAUACACGCUACGUUGGCGACUACUGUGAACAUCGGAAUCCCUGCCUCACUGGCCACGGACGCUGCCAGAAUGGCGGCACCUGUCAGGUGGCCUUUCGGAAUGGCCGGCCUGGCAUCUCGUGCCUCUGUCCGCUCGGGUUUGAGGAGUCGCUAUGCGAGAUUGCAGUGGCGAAUGCCUGCGAUCAGGCGCGCUGCUUCAAUGGCGGCACCUGCCAGCUGAAGACGUUGCAGGAGUACAGCUGCAUCUGUGCCAAUGGCUAUACGGGCGAUCACUGUCAGACACAGAAUCUGUGCGCUAGUUCACCCUGUCGCAACGGCGGCACCUGUUCCGCCUUGGCCGGCAGCAGCAGAUUUAGCUGCAAUUGUCCGCCGGGCUUUACGGGUCACACCUGCUCCGAGGAUGUGGAGGAGUGCCAAUCGAAUCCCUGCCAAUACGGCGGCACCUGUGUCAACACGCAUGGCUCCUAUCAAUGCAUGUGCCCGGCUGGCUACACGGGCAAGGACUGCGACACCAAAUACAAACCCUGCUCACCAUCGCCGUGCCAGAAUGGCGGCACAUGUCGCGCCAAUGGACUCACCUACGAUUGCAAAUGUCCACGUGGAUUCGAGGGCAAGAACUGUGAUCAGAACAUCGAUGAUUGUCCGGGAAAUCUGUGCCAGAACGGCGGCACCUGUGUGGACGGCAUCAACGACUAUCGCUGCAAUUGUCCGCCGAACUUUACGGGUCGGUACUGUGACGUGGAUGUGGAUGAGUGCGCGUUGCGUCCGUCCGUCUGCCAGAAUGGAGCCACCUGUACGAACACCCACGGCACCUACAGCUGCAUCUGUGUGAACGGCUGGGCGGGCAGCGAUUGCAGCGAGAACAUCGAUGAUUGCGUGCAGGCGGCGUGCUUUGAUGGCGCCACCUGCAUCGAUGGCGUGGGCAGCUUCUAUUGUCGCUGCACGCCGGGCAAGACGGGUCUGUUGUGCCACCUGGACGAUGCGUGCACCUCGAAUCCGUGUCAUGCCGAUGCCAUCUGCGACACGAGUCCGAUCAACGGCUCCUAUGCGUGCUCCUGUGCGACGGGCUACAAGGGCGUCGACUGUUCCGAGGACAUUGAUGAGUGUGACCAGGGAUCGCCGUGCGAACACAACGGCAUCUGUGUGAAUACGCCGGGCUCGUUCAUGUGCAACUGCUCGCAGGGAUUCACCGGACCGCGCUGCGAGACGAACAUCAACGAGUGCGAAUCGCAUCCGUGCCAGAACGAGGGCAGCUGCCUGGACGAUCCGGGCACGUUCCGUUGCGUGUGCAUGCCCGGCUUCACGGGCACCCAGUGCGAGAUCGAUAUCGAUGAGUGCCAGUCGAGUCCGUGCCUGAAUGACGGCAUCUGCCACGACAAGAUCAACGGGUUCAAGUGCAGCUGUGCGCUGGGCUUUACGGGCGCACGCUGUCAGAUCAACAUCGACGACUGCCAGUCGCAGCCGUGCCGGAACAAUGGCAUCUGUCACGACAUCAUCGCCGGCUACAGCUGCGAGUGUCCGCCGGGCUACACGGGCACCAGCUGCGAGAUCAACAUCAACGACUGCGACUCGAGUCCCUGCCACCGGGGCAAGUGCAUCGAUGGCGACAAUAGCUUCAAGUGCUUGUGCGAUCCCGGCUUUACCGGCUACCUCUGCCAGAAACAGAUCAACGAAUGCGAAUCGAAUCCGUGCCAAUUCGGCGGCCACUGCGUGGACCGUGUGGGCAGCUAUCUGUGCCACUGUCUGCCCGGCACCAGCGGCAAGAACUGCGAGAUCAAUGUGAACGAGUGCCACAGCAAUCCGUGCAACAACGGCGCCAGCUGCAUCGACGGCAUCAACUCGUACAGCUGCAGCUGUGUGCCCGGCUUCACCGGCCAGCACUGCGAGCUGAAUGUGGACGAGUGCGCCAGCAAUCCGUGUGCCAACAAUGGCGUCUGCAUGGACCUGGUCAAUGGCUACAAGUGCGAGUGUCCGCGCGGCUUCUACGAUGCGCGCUGCCUGAGCGACGUGGAUGAGUGUGCGUCCAGUCCGUGUGUGAAUGACGGCCGAUGUGAGGAUGGCAUUAACGAGUUCAUCUGCCACUGUCCGCCAGGCUAUACGGGCAAACGCUGCGAACAGGAUAUCGAUGAGUGUGCGAGCAAUCCGUGCCAGCACGGCGGCAGCUGCUUCGACAAGCUGAACGCGUUCAGCUGCCAGUGCAUGCCCGGCUAUACGGGUCACAAGUGCGAGACGAACAUCGACGACUGCCUGAGCAAUCCGUGCGCCAACGGCGGCACCUGCAUCGACAAGGUCAACGGCUACAAGUGCGUCUGCAAGGUGCCCUACACCGGCCUGAACUGUGAGAGCCAGCUGGAUCCGUGUGCGAGCAAUCGCUGCCGGAACGAGGCCAAGUGCACGCCCAGUCCGAACUUCCUGGACUUCUCCUGCACCUGCAAGCUGGGCUAUACGGGCCGCUACUGUGAUGAGGACAUUGAUGAGUGCGCGUUCAGUUCGCCGUGCCGGAAUGGAGCGAGCUGCUUGAAUGUGCCCGGCUCGUAUCGCUGUUUGUGCACCAAGGGCUAUGAGGGCCGGGACUGUGCGAUCAAUACGGAUGAUUGUGCCUCGUUUCCGUGCCAGAAUGGCGGAACCUGUCUGGACGGCAUCGGUGACUACUCGUGCCUCUGUGUGGACGGCUUCGAUGGGAAGCACUGCGAGACGGACAUCAAUGAGUGCCUGAGCAUGCCCUGCCAGAAUGGCGCCACCUGUCGGCAGUACGUGAACAGCUAUACGUGCACCUGCCCGCUGGGCUUCAGCGGCAUCAACUGCCAGACGAACGACGAGGACUGCACGGAGAGCUCGUGCCUGAACGGCGGCAGCUGUGUGGAUGGCAUCAAUGGCUACAACUGCAGCUGCCUGCCGGACUACAGCGGAGCGAACUGUCAAUACAAGCUGAACAAAUGCGACUCGGCGCCCUGCCUGAAUGGCGGCACCUGUCACGAGCAGCGGGACGAAUACACCUGCCACUGUCCGAGCGGGUUUACGGGGAAACAGUGCUCCGACUAUGUCGACUGGUGCGCCCAGUCGCCGUGCGAGAACGGCGCCAGCUGCAGCCAGCUGAAGCAUCAGUUCAACUGCAAAUGCGCCGCCGGCUGGACGGGCAAGCUCUGCGAUGUGCAGAUGAUCAGCUGCCAGGACGCGGCCCAGCGGAAGGGGCUGAGCGUGAAGCAGCUGUGCAACAACGGCACCUGCAAGAAUCAUGGCAACAGUCACGUCUGCUACUGCAACCAGGGCUAUGCGGGCAGCUACUGCCAGCAGGACAUUGACGAGUGCGCCUCGCAGCCCUGCCAGAACGGAGGCACCUGCCGGGAUCUGGUCGGAGCUUACGAAUGCAAUUGCCGUCAGGGCUUUCAGGGCCAGAACUGUGAGCUGAACAUCGAUGAUUGUGCGCCGAAUCCGUGCCAGAAUGGCGGCACCUGUCACGACCUGGUGCACGGGUUCAGCUGCAGCUGUCCGCCCGGCACGCUGGGCAUCAUCUGUGAGCUGAAUCAGGACGAUUGUGUGCCCGGCGCUUGCCACAACAAUGGCAGCUGCAUCGAUCGGGUCGGCGGCUUCGAGUGCUCCUGUCCGCCGGGCUUUGUGGGCGCACGCUGCGAGGGCGACAUCAAUGAGUGCCUGAGCAAUCCGUGCUCCAAUGCCGGCACCCUGGACUGUGUACAGCUGGUGAACAACUAUCAUUGCAAUUGCCGGCCCGGCCACAUGGGCCGCCACUGCGAGCACAAGGUCAACUUCUGUGCGCAGUCGCCGUGCCAAAAUGGCGGCGUCUGCAGCACCAAGCAGAGUGGACACCACUGCGUCUGCGCCGACGGCUACUAUGGCAAGAACUGUGAGUUUAGCGGACAGGACUGCGACUCGAAUCCGUGCCGGGCCGGCACCUGCAUCAUCGAGGACUCCGGCGGCUAUCGCUGCGAGUGCAGCCGGGGCACGGCGGGCCAGCACUGCGAGAUCGAUACGCUCGACGAGUGCCAGUCGAAUCCGUGCCUGCAGGGCGCCGCCUGUGACAAUCUGCUGGGCGACUACGACUGCCUCUGUCCGAGCAAGUGGACGGGCAAACGGUGCGAGAUCUACGAUGCCAGCUAUGCGGGCUGGUCGGGCGGCAGCUCCGGCUCGAUUAGCUCCGGCAGCGGCGGCAACGGCGCCGCCGGCAUCUAUGCGGCCGAUCUGGAGCAGCAGCGGGCGAUGUGCGAGAAGCGCGGAUGUCCGGAGAAGCAGAGCAACGGCGUCUGCGACACCGAAUGCAAUACGUACGCCUGCAAUUUCGAUGGCAACGACUGCUCGCUGGGCAUCAAUCCGUGGGCGAACUGCACGGCGCCGGAGUGCUGGCGCGUCUUCAUGGACGGCCAGUGCAACGAGGAGUGCAACAAUGCCGCCUGCCUCUACGACGGACGCGACUGUGAGCAGAAGCUGAAGCGCUGUGCGGCCAUCUACGAUGUCUACUGCCAGAAGCACUACGGGGACGGCAAGUGCGAUUACGGCUGUAACAAUGCCGAGUGCAGCUGGGAUGGGCUGGACUGUGAGAAGUCGGAGCAGUCGGCGCAGCUGGCGGAGGGCGCCAUGUCCGUGAUCAUGCUGAUGGAUAUGCAACAGUUUGCCAAGGAGCAGGCGCAAUUCCUGCGCGAGAUGAGCCACAUCCUGCGGACGACGGUGCGCGUGAAGAAGGACGCCCUGGGCAACGACAUGAUAUUCAGCUGGAAGGGCGCCUCCAGCAUGCCGGACAUACAGGACACGGAAUUUGGCAGAAAGCACAAGAUCCUGUACACCCAACGCAACGGCCAGACGGGCAUCCAGAUCUAUCUGGAGAUCGACAAUCGCAAGUGCACGGAGUGCUUCAAUCGGGCACACGAAGCGGCCGAAUUCCUGGGCGCCUAUGCCGCAAAGCAUACGUUCAACAAUCGCUAUCCGAUCUACAGUGUGCGCGGCGUGAAGAGUCCGGGCGAGAGCGAGGGACCCGAAUCGCCGGCCAAUGUCAAGUUCGUCAUCAUGGGCAUUGUCCUGGUGGUGAUUGUGCUGGCCUUCUUCGGCAUGCUGCUGGGCACCCAGCGGAAGCGGGCGCAUGGCGUCACCUGGUUCCCGGAGGGCUUCCGGGCGCCGGCCGCAGCGGUCAUGUCCCGACGCCGACGCGAUCCCCACGGCCAGGAGAUGCGGAAUCUGAACAAACAGGUCGGCGGCCUCAACCAGGCCCAGGCCCAUCAGCUGGGCGGCGUUGCCGGUGGUGGCAGCCACUGGUCGGACGACGAGUCGGAUAUGCCGCAGCCGAAGCGGCAGCGCGGCGAUCAGAUGAACAGCGGCGGACUGGGCGGUCUCGGCGGUUUGGGCGGCCUGGGCGGCGGCAGUGUGGCGGGCCUGACCAGCGUGGGCUAUGCCAGCGAUCAUACGAUGACCAGCGAGUACGAGGAUCCCGAUCCGCGUGUCUGGUCGCAGGCGCAUCUGGAUGUGGCGGAUGUGCGGGCGAUUAUGACGCCGCCGGCGCAUCAGGAUGGCAGCAAGCACGACGUCGAUGCACGCGGCCCGUGCGGCCUGACGCCGCUGAUGAUAGCGGCGGUGCGCGGCGGCGGCAUGGACAGCGGCGAGGAUAUCGAGAACAACGAGGACAGCACCGCCCAGGUGAUCUCUGACCUGUUGGCGCAGGGCGCCGAGCUGAACGCCACCAUGGACAAGACGGGCGAGACGUCGCUGCAUCUGGCCGCACGCUAUGCGCGCGCGGAUGCGGCCAAGCGGCUGCUCGACGCCGGAGCCGAUGCCAAUUGCCAGGAUAAUACAGGCCGGACGCCGUUGCAUGCGGCCGUUGCGGCAGAUGCGAUGGGCGUCUUCCAGAUUCUGUUGCGCAAUCGGGCGACCAAUUUGAAUGCACGCAUGCAUGAUGGGACGACACCGCUGAUCCUGGCCGCACGGCUGGCCAUCGAGGGCAUGGUCGAGGAUCUGAUUACGGCCGAUGCGGACAUCAAUGCGGCGGAUAAUUCGGGCAAGACGGCGCUGCACUGGGCCGCCGCUGUUAACAAUACGGAGGCGGUCAACAUACUGCUGAUGCAUCACGCCAAUCGGGAUGCCCAGGAUGACAAGGACGAGACGCCGCUGUUCCUGGCCGCCCGCGAGGGCAGCUACGAGGCCUGCAAGGCGCUGCUCGACAAUUUCGCCAAUCGCGAGAUCACCGAUCACAUGGAUCGCCUGCCCCGCGACGUGGCCAGCGAGCGGCUGCACCACGACAU